ACGAAAACCAGACGUCUUCAGUCUUCCACGUGUCAGUCAGAGUAGAGGAGCGAUAGUUUCUUCACUUUCGGCGUCAUUCAGUGGUAGAUAAUGGACGUAACUAACAAAGAACACACUAGCAAUGUUCUACAAGAGCUGAACAAACAGUGGGCGCGGGCAGAGCUGACGGACGUGGUUCUGGAGGUGGAAGGGAGAUGUCCCUACUUCAGUAGCAUGUUCACCAGCGGCUAUGUGGAGGCCAAACAGGAGAGAAUCAGAAUCCAGGAUGUGAGUGAGGUAGCCAUGGCAACCAUUCUGGACUACGCCUACACCGGCUGCGUUAAGGCGGAGCCAGACCAGGUCCAGGCUGUGAUGUCUGCAGCCAGACUGCUACAGGUGGAUUUUGUAGGUCGUAAGGCAGCAGAAUACAUGAAGGACCAUCUGGACGUGUCCAACUGUGUGGAUGUUUGGAUGUAUGCUGACAUGUUGGCAGACUGUAGCCUAGUCGAGGCCAGUAAGAAGUAUGUGGCAUCCAGGUUCGACCAGGUGGCUCUACAACCAUCCUUUGUCCAGUUGCCUUUGAGCCUCCUCCAGUCAUUGCUUGACAGGGAUGAUCUAAUGGCCAAGUUAGAAGACAACGUUGUGCGAGCUGCUCUAAGAUGGGUCGACUUCAACCAAGAAGAGCGUUUGCAGCACCUUUCUACCCUUUCUAAAUCAUUACGUCUGUCUCAUAUCAGCCCAGAACUGCGUGUUGAAAUGAAGAAAAAAUGCUGGUCGACAGAUAGCAAGUUAGUUUACAAUGACAGUACAGCCCAACGGCUGGGACAUGCGCAAACUGAACUACAGAUCUUCCUUAGGGAAGUUUACUCAGACGAUGAAGACGAGUGGUCUACCCCUUGCUAUGACCCCUCCACAGGUCGACUAUAUGCAAUUGAUAUGCCCGAUAACCUGGACAGCUUCUCUAGAUCUGUGACAGUAACUCCUGAUGAUGAGCUGUACAUGGCAGGUGACAUUGCUAAAAGUAGAGAUGACAGGCAGAAUAAAUUUUACCAGUACAACCACCUUCUAAACACCUGGGAGCCAAGGUGUGGGAUGAUUGAACCCAGAUACAGGUGUGGUCUGGUGUAUCUGAAAGGGUACAUCUAUGCCAUUGGUGGUGAUGGCGUGAGAACAGCAGAGAGGUAUGACCCAAGUUGUGAUGAGUGGACCUCCAUACCACCCCUCCCUCAGCCCUUGUCUUUAGAACUCUGUGCAGUGACUCUAAAUGACAGCAUCUAUGUCAUAGGUAGGAAAGGCUGCUACUGCUUCUCUACCACUGAGAACAAGUGGAGCAAGAUAGCGGACAUGCUUCGACCACCAGUGCGUCCUCAGGCCGUCACCUAUCGGGGGCGCAUCUACUGUAUAGACUGUGACAGCAACAGAGACUCCCAACACUAUUCCAGAGUAGAGAUGUAUAAUCCUACGAAAGGCGAGUGGAAGGUGUCAGAUGGCUCUUUUGAGUUUGAGUGUGACACAGCAACCUUGAUGAAAUACAGAAAGACUAUGUACAUUCUCAUCAUGCAUGGUGGCCCAGAUACAGACCUACUUGAAACUGACAUGGACAGCACUACACUUUUAGUUUACCAGUACCUGCCAAAGUCAGACUCUUGGCGGUAUCUAGAUGUCAAGAACAAGAGAAGGCUGUUCCCCCCCUUGGCACUGUGGUUGAGGUUAGCUAGUACGACAGAGUGCCUGACAGUAAGGAUGAUCCCAAUGUGCCUCAGGGAUCCAAAGGUAUACGAGCGCGAUUAUCGUGGUGUAGGUGAUCAGAGCGACUCCAGUGACAGUGACUAGAACACUAUGAGAUUAAUACACCAUUGAGAAGAUCUUGAAACAGAGCAAAAGAGAAGUUUAGGAAACACUAUGUCAUUGCUAUAAGAUAAGAUCGACAGGAACAUUGAUACUUUUAAUAUGUUUCUUCCCAGGGUUACCCAAAAACAUACUGGCUAGGUGUGAAGUGUCUUGACACUGAUCUCCCUAAAUGUGGAAAGACAUUGAGAAGUUGGAAAUUCCAAUCAAUUUAAAGCCUUGUAUUUCAAAUUGUACAUGGAUGAAGCCAUUGGCUUGUGUUGUAGAUGAAGCUGCAUUGAGCUUGAUAUGUUCAUGUACUUGUAGAUAUAGAUCUUUUAACAGUAAGAAUGUUACUAAUCAAGCCAUUUUCUUGGUCAUUGUAUAACAUUAUGUAUUUUCAUUAUGUAAUUUGUUGUAAACCCUGGAACGUUUACAUGAUGUCGGCAAAUGUAGCUACUUUCAAAGCGUUGUAUUAUUAUUACACUAGUAGUCACAGCGUCUUUUUUCUAUUCACCCAGUCAUUAAAUGUGGAGAAAUAAAGCCAUGUACUAACCCCAA